CCGGGCGGAUGCGGCCGGCCCACGGAGGGGCAUGCUGCCACGCACCAAGUACAACCGCUUCAGGAACGACUCGGUGACCUCGGUCGACGACCUUCUGCACAACCUGUCGGUGAGCGGCGGCGGCAAGGUCUCGGCGGCGCGCGCGGCCCCGGCGGCGGCCCCCUACCUGGUGUCCGGAGACGCGCUGCGCAGGGCGCCCGACGAUGGGCCGGGCAGCCUGGGCCACCUGCUCCACAAGGUGUCCCACCUGAAACUCUCCAGCUCGGGCCUCCGCGGGCGCUCGGCGGCCAGGGCGCGGGCGGGCGCGCGGCUCUCGGGCAGCUGCAGCGCGCCCAGCCUGGCCGCCCCGGACGGCCCCGGCGCCCCGGCCAUGCGCGCCGCCAGGAAGGGCCGGCCCGGCGACCCGCCGCCGCCGCGCGCCCCGCACGCCAGCGACCAGGUGCUGGGGGCCGGAGUCACCUACGUCGUCAAGUACUUGGGGUGCAUUGAAGUUCUCCGCUCAAUGAGGUCUCUUGACUUCAGUACAAGAACACAGAUUACCAGGGAAGCCAUCAGCCGUGUCUGUGAAGCCGUCCCUGGCACCAAGGGAGCCUUCAGGAAGAGAAAGCCUCCCAGCAAAAUGCUUUCCAGCAUCUUGGGCAAGAGCAACCUCCAGUUUGCGGGGAUGAGCAUCUCCCUGACCAUAUCCACCGCCAGCCUGAACCUGCGGACGCCCGACUCCAAGCAGAUCAUCGCGAACCACCACAUGCAGUCCAUCUCCUUCGCCUCCGGGGGAGACCCGGACACAACAGACUAUGUGGCAUACGUAGCGAAGGACCCUGUUAAUCGCAGAGCUUGCCACAUUCUGGAGUGCUGCGACGGGCUGGCUCAGGACGUCAUCGGCUCCAUCGGACAGGCCUUCGAACUCCGGUUUAAGCAGUAUUUGCAGUGUCCUUCCAAGGUCCCCGCAUUCCACGACCGGAUGCAGAGUCUGGACGAGCCUUGGACAGAAGAGGAGGGGGACGGAUCAGACCACCCAUACUACAACAGCAUCCCAAGCAAGACACCUCCUCCAGGGGGCUUCGUGGAUGUGCGGCUGCACGCCAGACCCCAUGCCCCUGACACAGCCCAGUUUGCAGGAAAAGAGCAAACUUACUACCAGGGGAGACACUUAGGAGACCCGUUUGGUGAGGACUGGCAGCAGACACCUGUCCGGCAAGGGUCCUUGGACAUCUACAGCACGCCGGAAGCGAGAGUGCCCACGGCCCCCGGAGAAGCCCCCACCUACGUGAACGCCCAGCACAUCCCCGUGCAGGCCACGCCGGCCUCGGGCAGCAGCGCCGAGAGCAGCCCGCUGAAGGACCUCUUCGACAUGAAACCUUUUGAAGACGCUCUCAGGAACCAGUCCUUGGGGCCUGUGCUGAGCAAAGCAGCCUCCGUGGAGUGCAUCAGCCCCGUCACUCCCAGAGCCCCAGAUGCCAAAAUGCUGGAAGAGCUGGAAGGGGAGCCCUGGUACCAAGGGGAGAUGAGCCGGAAGGAGGCCGAGGGGCUGCUGAAGAAUGAUGGGGACUUCCUGGUCAGGAAGAGCGCCACCAACCCGGGCUCCUUCGUCCUCACAGGCAUGCACAACGGCCAGGCCAAGCACCUGCUGCUGGUGGACCCGGAAGGCACGAUCCGGACGAAAGAUAGGGUCUUUGACAGCAUCAGCCACCUCAUCAACCACCACCUGGAGAACAGCCUGCCCAUUGUCUCUGCCGGAAGCGAGCUCUGCCUCCAGCAGCCGGUGGAGAAGACCCUGUGACCGGCCAGCCACCCUGUCCUGACCUUGCGCCAGUGGUCAGGAGACCUGGUUCUUCCCGGGAAAUGGGUAUGGGGGUUCCGGAGACUCGGGCCACUGCCCACAGGCUCAGAGCCUCAUCCAAAUGCUCCAGGAGGAAGGUGUCUGGAAAGUGCAAGUUUCAUAAACUUGUUCCGAUUUUCUCCUGUGCAUAUUAAAGGUGUACAUACCUAUACAUCCUGUACAAAUUAUCCCUCUAUAUUUAUAUUUUUUAAGACUAAGAAAGAUGUAAGACUAAUGUUCUGUGCUGUAUGUUUUUAAUGGGGAAAAAAAGUUUGACUAUAGUUGUCCGGGUUAAAAUUUAAUUCAACUGACCUAUUCUACUGAGAAAUUCCACUAGGAAGGUGUCACCUGCAGUUUUACCUGAUAAGCACAACACGGGGACAAGGAGCAGGAGGACUGGUCCUCAGUGCAGAGCCAUAGCAGAAGAAGGCGGGAUGCCACUCAAGGGAGUUUAGCUCUGCACGUAAAGCUCCAUGAACUGCUGGUCCAGGUGGUCGCUGCUCCAAGUUGCUGGCGCUCCCGCUCCUCCGUGAUGUUGCCUCCACCCUCCAUCCCCAGACCGUCCCCGUCACACCUGUGUGCUCGCGGAGCAGGUGGUUCCCGUGCUGUUCCAGGUGGUUCCAAGCACAGGAACGCUGGCCUCCUUGACCACAGUUGUUCAGGGGUUCAUCAGGAUCUGUUUGACACAUGUGGCACAAGAUGAGCCUCCACGACCGAGAUCUGACCUGGCCAACAUUUCCCUUGUUUUCAUCCGUGCGUGGAGGGCUGCUUGGGGCAAAGCCAUGCUUCCUGGGUUCUUCUAGCCAAUACGAUGAUGGCAGGUUGCUGGGGUAGCUGCUAGGAAUGUGCCCCCAUCCCUGGCAUCCAAUAGAGAGAGAUGCAUGAGUAUGAGCCGCGUCAAAGGCAGAUACUAACACGAGCGCUUGAUCCGGGACUCUUCUUGCUCUACGUUUGCCUCGGGCUGGUGACUCAGGAGUGUGGGGAACUAGUUGAGGUUUUGUCUCUCCAGUGGUUGGUGGGUAAAGGAGCUGCUGUCUCUACAACAGAUUUCCCAAGUGCUCUGUGGAAAGGGCCCAUACCCCUGGCAUCCCUUUGUCUGGGUUCCUUCCUUUGAGCUAAAACACUCUGAUUUCUUACUUGAUCAUUUGGUGUCGACAAGGUUUCUGACUUAAAAAACAAAAACAAAAACAAAAACACCUGGGUUGAGCUUACUUGGUGACUUGACACAUGCUGUCUUUUAAAAGCCAGAAGCUUCCAUUCGUUGGUUGGUGCCCAGUUGUGGGCACCACAGCCUAGGCUCCCGUCCCGUGCAGUCCCUCAGCAAGUGGCAGCCUGGGUCAGUGCAACGGGACUUUCUGCACACUUAACAGCAGGUCGGUAAUAAAUUCUGUGCUUCAAGAAUGAGGCGUUAAGGGUAGAUUUUACAAACUCUGAGGAGUAAGAAUUCUGCAGUUAGACUAAAUGAACCUGAUUUCUGUUCCCAGGGUGUGUGUGUGUGUGUGUGUGUGUGUGU